AUGGGCAACGAGUCCAGCCAGCUGCAGAAGGAGGCAGCUGAGGCAGCCGAGGACGAGCAACGCGGAGGCAGGGUGAUCGGCACGCCCAUGUCCCCCAGUCCUCCCCCAUACCCCGGCGAGGUCCGCGACUUACGCAAGCCUCGUGGUUUUCGCACUGACGGCGGCGACGACGCUCGAUCCUCAGACUCGGACCACUCCAAAUCAAUCAAGAAAAAGAAAAAGAAGGAGAAGAAGAAGAAGAAGAAGCGGCGCGACAGCUUGGACAGCGACGCGGCCAACGGACAUCUCGACGCCACCACAGCUGCAAUGGCCGACGAGAACGACGCGCCCGCGGCCGCACCCGAGUCUCACAAGAAGAGCAGGAGUAAGAAGAAGUCGCGCAACAAGGAACCCAAUGGUGUGCAGAGCCCUGAUGCUCAACACUUGCUUGUGUCGCAUGCUGUGGGAGGCUCGCCACCGUCUGGCCAGCAACCUGAUGUGAACGGAAUUGCAGGCCACGCGCCGACCCUGGAUAUCGAAGUAGCGGAGCAAGAGUUAAUUCCGGCAAGCAGUGUGGAGGAUAUCGCAUCAGCGCAUCUCAAAACCGAGCCCGACACCGAUGUGGACGACGUCCAAGAUCACGAGCUGCCCUUCCGAAUCGCCGGAAUCGCCGACGACAGCAUCGUCGAUGGCGACGACCCGAGCCAGAAGUCUCCGUUCAUGCACAAGCGAGAGAUGUCCAUCGUUGACGACAGAUUGGACAGGGCAAACGAUGACGAGGCGGCCACACCAGAUCUGCAACCAAGUCAGGUUAAGCCUGAACCUCCUUCCUCGGAGAGCGAGUCCGACUUGGGGUCUCCCAGUGUGGCACGACUGGACAGACUGGAGAGGUCGAGGUCGAGGUCCAUCUCUCGGCCGCCGCUAGUUAAGCCUGCAAUCGAAAGUUUCGACGCGGGCGACCAAGCCACACUACCAAGCCGCUCGUCAACAGGCUCAAAUAAAAGCAUUCCAGCUCGGACCCAAGACGCGAGACCCACCUCGAGAGACUCAGCACAUUCAUCGAGCUGGCACAAUGCCCAGCAGAGCAUUGACGCUAUGGAUCUGGACGUGGACGAUCAAGGCUUUGCUAAUGGGCAUGUCAGUCCUCCAGAGAAACAGGCCAGAAAAGCGAAGUCCGCCAAAAAGCCCAAGAGCCACAAACAAGCCCAUAAAAGCAAGGCGGAGGCAGGAGAUGCCGACGAACGCCCCGACGCACCUGCCUCAUCUCGCAAGAGGAGUGCUCAGAAAGGCCGACAACAUCAGAGCGAUAACCCAAUGCUGAACACGGAUGUGGACAAGGUUGCAAAUUGGCUCCAACAGCCUGCCCGCCGAAGAACUCACGAGGAUGUGGUGGAAGAGUCGGACCAUGAAGCUGCAGAUCAGAGCGCGGAGGCUGUUGUGCACAACGGCGCUCAAGACGAGUUGCAAACAGAAGAGGCGAUCCAACGAGAGCUCCAGCAGCAGCUUCAUACUCGGGAUACAGAAGCACGUGCUGACAAGGAACCCGAGGUGUCUGCGACCCAGCCGAAGAAGGCGAAGAAGAAGCGCCAACUCCACUCGAAGGAAUCACUUUCGCUUUCGCAGCUAGAAGAUGACUUCGGUGAGGGUGACAAUCAGCCCCGAGUGUCUCUGUCGCAAAGAUCCAAGCUCAAGGACGUCAUGCGCGGUGAGCGCAAUAGCCCCGAAGACGAGACAGGAACCAACGUCGAGCCAUCUCAAGAGCCGAGUCUGCCUAAGCAGGCCAAGUUAAAGCGCAAGCGGCGUUCUAACGGCGCAUCGGAAGACGAGCUGGAGGAUUUACUUGCAGGCCCGUCCAAGCGCAAGAAGUCCAAGAAAUCCAGCAAGGGCCUUGAUCCCAGCGAUCGCGACAGAGCCGCAGUCGCCUCAAGAAGAAAGCGGUCAUCGCAAGGCGAGAUCGCCACCGGCCCCUGGACCAGCGAAGAGCUGGUCGCACUCGGGCGAGUAGUAGACCAGUUUUGCAAGGCUUACGACAUGGAACAGUCCGAACUCAACGACAUGAUACACCAACGGCCCGAAAUGACCAAUCCGCUGCACAAGGAAUUUUGGGACAAUGCUGUUGCAGCUAUCGACAAGCGAACCAGAAGGCAAAUCGUCGAACGGACUCGCAGGCUUUACAAUAAUUUUGUAGGCCGCGGCCGCUGGGACGAAGAACAAAAGGAACAGCUGCACGACUUGUUCGACAAGCAUGGCACCAAAUUCGCUGCGAUUGCUUCGUUGAUCAAUCGCGAUCAAAAGGACAUCAGGGAUUAUUGGCGCAAUCACUACGUUGUAGAUGGGCAUCAGCGCAAGUCGCGGUGGAAGCCAGACGAGACGGAGAUGCUCAAGCAAGCGGUUGAAGAGGCCCUCAACAAGAUCAGAAUCGACCGUGAGAACAACGACCAAUUCCGUCCUAGACCCCGCGCCAAAGGCUUUGACGACGAGUCCCUUCUGGAUUGGCAACAGAUCAGCGCAGCCAUGGGUCUCACUCGGAAUCGGCAACAAUGCAAGUUCAAAUGGCAGGACCUCAAGGACAAGGGCGUCGUUGGCGACGGAAAUGACCACCUUCCUGAAGCCUCCCGUGAAUCCAAGACCAUUAAUGGCAUGAGUGAGGUGCUGGCCAACGCGCGCGAGGACUACCGCGUGAUGAGUGUCGACGACCAGCUCCAAGUGAUCGAGGCCAUUCACGACUCAGGCGCAACCAGUGACUCCAAAAUCCGCUGGAACUCGCUUGUGGAUGAGCGCUUCAGGGCAAAAUGGCGGCGCCCCAGUCUCAAGUUAGUCUGGUUCAGACUACGGAAGACGGUGCCAGAUCAUGAGGAGCAGGAUGUUCAGUCUAAUGCGCGGUACUUACUGAACUAUUACAACGUCCAACAGUCCCUGCCUCGCAUCGAAGACCAUCAGGCCGACGAGCAAGUGGAGGAGAAGCUUGUCAAUACCAACCCCGGCAGCAAGGUGUGGCGGACACCCUCCCAGGAGCCUCGUGCCGUUAGGGAGAGGCAGCGGCGGUCGAGCAGUGCGAGCAGCCGGGCCAGCAGCCGGGCCAGCGAGAAGGUCUCGAGUCAGAUUCUUCGGAUCCCAGGCAACGACGACGAUGAGCACGGCGAGCCCGCGCAGCGAGGUCGAGACCACACCCCGAGAUCGGGCAGCCUUGAUCUUGGGCAAGAGGACGUUGAGGGUGCUGAGAAGCAGCAGCACCGCAAGAAAGGCAAAGGGAAGGGUAAGAGAACCCACGGGAAGAAGAGAGACGAGGCCGUGCCGAUCCGGAUCCCCGAGCACUUGAACGGUGAAGCAGCUGAGAAGGCGUCGGCGGAGCCCGAGAACAUCCACCAGUCUUCUGCAGGAGCCAGCAAAGCCAAGGGCAAGACGAAGAGCAAGGCCAAGAAGGCCAAGUCACCCCCGCCUCCGAGGGGUGGAUGGAGAAGUGAGAGUGUUGCGAUGGAUUCCGAUUCGGAGUGA